AUGAACUCCACGAGUACUACAAAACGGUAUCGUUUGGAAUACUGUAUCUUAUCUGUGAACAAAGUUACAGAUCAUAAAGUGGGCCCGGCAGGCCCGGCCGGGCCUGCUUUUUUUUGCUCCUUUUGCUCUGUAACUCUUUUCAUAGACAAGAUACAGUAUUCCAAAUCAUAUCGCCACAACACUCUUCGUUCAUGUCGCUUUGAUUGCUGGUGUUGCCAUUUACACAGUCUUCGACGCGCCAUGCUGAAACGAGAACUGUCUGAUCUUCCAAGUCGUCCACCACCUCCUCCAUCGAUCAGUGGAUUACCUGAUCGGAUCACAAGAGUCUAUUUGGGAGAAGAGUUGGCAAUUUUGGAUCCGGGGAUCCAUGACUGUCUGGAACGAACGAUUCUCACAUUGUUCCACGAGACAAAAUGCGAUCCAUACAGUUUUGAGCAUCUGAAUAUAGACCAUAUCGAUAGAUGUUAUGCAGAAGCAAAUGUUCCAAUUCCUGCAGAAUUUGGUAAACAACCAAGAAGAAAAAUCAAGAAAAAAGAGGAAGAAAAGCCGAUUGAUGAGACGCCUCAAGAGAAAUGGUCCAUCGGAAAUUCGGUGAUCUUUGCGUUCACUGUGAUUACCACUAUUGGAUACGGCCACGUGGCACCGGAAACCUUCGAAGGCCGUCUGUUUCUGAUCUGCUAUGGCGUGAUUGGUGUCCCAUUUACACUUUUAACAAUCGCAGAUCUCGGAAUGUUCCUAACCAAAUUUCUCAAGUAUCUUUUAACUAUGGCGAGACGAUUUUCAUUUUUUCUGGUGAAAUUUUUCAGGCGGUUUAGGAGAAAAGGAACUCAAAAGACGAGUCCUGUGCAGCCGGAUUCAGAGAGGUCAGAAGUUUGGAGUACUGAUAAGGAAAUGAAGGAGAUGAGAACGGCUAGAGAGCCUGGAGAAGAAGAGGAGAUCAAAAAGGACGGGGAGGAAGAGGAAGAAGAAGAAGAGGAGGAGAAGAACGAUGAGCCAAGAAAAACCGAAGAAUCCAUUGCACUCGGUAUCACAUUCACUUGUUACCUUGUCGCCGGUGCUAAAAUUCUGUCCGUGUACGAACCGGAAAUGGACUUUUUCAAAGCACUCUACUUCAAUUUUGUUACACUGACAACAAUUGGUUUGGGAGAUUUUGUGCCGAAAAGUUUCGACUAUCUCCUCAUCACUUUGAUUUACAUUGGAAUCGGUUUGGCGUUGACCACCAUGGCCAUCGAAAUCGCUGCAGAUUUAUUGAAGAAACUUCAUUAUAUCGGGCGAAAAAUGGAAAAUGUCGGACAGGCGGUCGUUUGGUUUGGAGGAAAAAAAAUGACAAUGAAAUCACUUGUCAAACACCUGGGUGAUCAAUUCAAUAUUCCGGAGGAAGAACUCGCCAAUUUCGAUAUGUCUGCAUUUGUGGAUAAUGCAAUUAAAGUGGAAAAGGGAGAAAUCGCUACGUUGAGGAAGCCCCCAACCCCCGAACCAGUGAUAUUCCGUGAGCGUGCAUUCAGCUACAGUAAUCUUCGUAAAUCCAGUGAAAGCGCAUUGAAAUACGUUGACGAUCAGCGAUUCAGUAAGAUGACCGAGCCUACGGUAGUACUUCACGAAACUACUCGGACUAUUGACACAUUGCACAAUUUGAUUCCUCGUCUUGACCUGGAUGUCCACUACCUGACCGACAUGUCAGCACCAACGUCAUUCGAUGAGCACUAUCUUCGAACGUAUACAAAUGCCCGUAGAAAAUAA